CUCGCGCUAAUUAGACGGUGAUACGCGCACGCCGCAGAGGACGUUAGCCCGCGGCCCGUGACAGACGCGUUCGUUCGUAAGCGGUAAUCUACUUAAAAUCGUGGCAGGUGUCGGUACCGUCAUGUGUGUGUAAAGUGAAGUUUUGUGCCAAUUUAGUUUCCUGUUAACGGAUUGUAAUAUUCGAAUAUGGGUGAAUCAUUGCUGAAAGAGGAUCCCCUCACCAGGAUCCAGAGGGAAAUUAUUGAAGUCACGGAGCGAGAAAGGGAGUUCAAGGAGGGCCAUUUCAGAAUUAACAGGCUUUUGUCAGAGUCCACCAUUGAUGUAAACAAACAAAAUGGCCACGUCAAUGGCAAUGGCAUUGAUAAGCCUGGGAAAACUUUAAAUAGAGCCGUGUCUACUUCACAUCUACUGGGGCCUAUAGCACCAUCACCUCCUACUACGCCCACCCUCCUGAACACGAAUGGCUAUACACGCAGGUUUACACCUCAAAAUGGGACUAAAGGCUUGAUGCAAAGGUUUAUCGCAAACAAGGGUAAAAUGCCUGUCACCUCGCCUGGUACUCCAACAUCCCCAACUGCGUUGACUACAACUCCCUUCCCGCCGGCUCCGAUCGUCCCGAUCGUACCCGUCGUCGCACCGACUGCUAUAACCCGAACUCCCGAGGGUAAACCAGUGAGAAAGGGUUACGUCCCAGUGGAAGAAAAAAUUCAAAAGGAGCUUCAAGAGAUGAAAAAUAGGGAGCACGAGUUAAAGAAAAUGAGAAAGAAACAAAAGCCGUUCGACUUAGAGCUCAGUGAUAAUGAAACAACUUCAGAAUCUGAGGAUGAAGAAAUUCCCAUGCCGGGAAAAUUGAAAGCUACAAAAUCGAUAGGCGAACUAUAUGAGGCAUUGAACGAGGAUCUGAGGUCGCCUUCUCCGAGAAACAGUUCCGGGCACGACUCCAUCGGAAGCUUGAAGCCGGCGAAAUCGUUGGCAGAGCUAUGUGAGUUGAGUCCGGGACAAGAGUUCCUCGCUCCGAGUUCCACGCGCCUGAUAGCCCAAUGGGAAUCCAUGAUUCAACAAAAACAAGAAGCGGGCGCGGCCUAAACCAUCGGGGUUUUCGUUAAAGCUUGUGACGCCAAAACUGCAUCGUAAACAAAAAUCGGUGGACUGGAAACGCGUGGCGCGUAUGCGCGUCAUAUGGUUAGUGUAACGGACUGGACGCCAGUUGGCAUUUCGUGAUCGUUAAACUCCAACAUCCUAACGGUCUGUGCUGUCUGUGCCCGAGUGAAACAGUUCGAUUUCUCAUUUUUUCGGCCAAUCGAUUGUGAAGCAAUUAAUUUUCUCCGCGAACAAUGCAAAUGAUGGUUAUCCGUAACGUCUAUUAAUACGCUGGAAAGCCGAUACGCGAGGCAUACGGUGUGAGAUAGUUUCAUCCCAUUGUUUAGUAUUUCUAGUGUAUUCAAGAGGUUUUUUAGUAGCUUUCCCGGCGCAUGCGUCUUAGCAUUAGCACGUGAAGAGAAGCCUCAAUCGUCGUGGGAAAUUGGGAAAUGUAAGAAUAGCUGUGACCUUGUUACGCUCGCUAUGUAUAAAAAACUAUUUUAAAAGUUUUUGAAACAAAUUUCUAUCUCCAAGAGUUGAGUUUCUAUGUUCUUCCGUUCAAUGGAUAUAUUGAUACAUUUGAGCCAAACAAAAUUAAAUAUUAGAUUAGUUACUAAAUUAGCUUUCUUUGCACCUUUUAUCACGUUUCAUAAGAGCGAUAGCAGGCCAAUGCUGUCUAAUUGCAUUUGGAUGCGUGAUUAUCAUGCAUUAUUCAUUAUUCAAUUGCGACAUACUUUCACGUUUCUUGUAUGACCUUUUCUAAAACUAAUCUUAUUUUCAAUUCUUUUUAUGUUUAUUUGUUACAUAUUUUCAACUAUUUUAUUCUCUCUUGUAUAACAAAAAUGAAAUUAGUUUCAAAAGCUUGUAUUUUUAAAAGAUACAAAGUACUUAUAAAGUUUCCUAUUUAAACAUUUCUGUGUACUUAGAUAUUUAAGCGCAUGUCCUAGGCCUCGCUAAUCAAAAAUAUUCUUAGCCAAUGAAUUUACUUGUAUAUUUGUGUAUAAAUACGAAAAAAACGUUGAUCGUUGAAAUAGAGUGCCUUAUUUUAUGUAGCGUGUAGCACAAGUUUUAAUACUUUUUUAUCAAUGACAAUUUAUGUUCUAUAAUAAAUCGUUCAUUAGUCGAUGGCAACUCUAUCUUUUGUAUAUUGUAUUUAUUAAUUAUAAAUUAAAAUAUUUUAUCAGUGAUAUAGUCACUAAAUGUUAUUGAAAUGAUUAUGAAUACCUAUGGAUUUAAUGUAAAAAACAAACAGAUCGAUAAAAAUAAACGUGACCAUAAUUUUAAUCGAGUUUAAUAUCUUAUCAGCGCCAGAUACAGUUCGAGAAACAAUUAUUGUUGAAAUAUAUUAUUAUUCUAUUAAAGUAUCUUUAAAUUUAAAUAGCAUAUAUUUUAUAAGAAUAUUGAACAGAUUCUUUAUGAUUGUAUAAAUAAAUGAAGUAAUUCUUUAUCGAUAUUGUAAAUCUCUAAAAACGUAGUAUUGCGUUAAGCGGGAAAGUGGAUCGAAAUUAUAUGCAACGGCGCUGUUUCAACUUAGCGCUUCUAUAUGUAGAAUUUUGUUGACAAUAAGUGGAAAAAUAUGCUUUCUUGAUAUAAAUAGCCGAGUAUUUAUUUCACUUAUAUUUUGAUAUAAUAUAUAUGCACUAGUUCAUUGGAAAAAUAAACAUUAGAAGAAUAGGUGCGUAAAUCUUUAAAAGAGUCACUGAACAUUAUUUUCUAGAACUUCGAACUAUAUAAAGUUUUUAUUCCCUUUUCAAUAAUGUUCUAAUGCAGUUAAAUACUCGCCUAUAUAUGUCUUGAACUCAAUAAAAAAGAGCCAUGACUGUAUCGCUAAGACUACAGCUGGCUAACAUAAUUUUAAUAUCUAUCGCUUGCAAGCCUGUCCUACGUACAGUCCUAUGUGAUAAAAUGCCUUAAAAGAUUGCAUAAUACUGUUUAAAAAUGUUUACAAAUUCGAUAUUUACAAAAUGUAGUGUAAUUGUAAUUUAUAUGUAGGGUUAUCGCAAUAAAAACGUUGUCAAUAAAGAAA